CGCUCCAAGCGGUGACAACAUCGCGACAAACGGAACGAAAACAAUCAGCCACUGCAGUGCCACCAGCUGCGGAGUUUACAGUAGUUAGUUGGUGGUGGAAAUAAUUUGUAUUAUAAAGACAGUUCUUUCGCGUGGUUGGUCUAGAAUCCGUCGGCAUUCGCCUCAUACAGUGGUGUUAUUAUUAGAGUGCACUGGAGGACUGCUCGUGUAGUUUCCAGAACCUGAUUCUAACUUUGUACUGUCUGACCUUCAGAGCGGCCGUGCCAUCCCAAGUUCCAAAUGCCAUUUCAGAGCGCGCGCCGGGUAGGACCACUGGAUCAGCGGCUGUAUCAGUAACAACACUUUAGCCGUGAUUGUCGUCGACCAGAGAUGUAGAGAACAGCAGGAGGAGCGCACACUACAUCUCUUUUUACUCUUUCCCCACAAGCAGCUUCUUCACUCUCUCGGGCUGGACUGCGGUGCGUCAGCGUCGUCUCGCCCCCCCCUCCCCCCGCGCCCCCCAGCCAUGGCCUCCCGCAUCGGCAUACGGCUGCAGCUGAUGCGUGACCAGCUGCAGCAGGAGGAGCAGCGAGAGCGCCAGCUGCAGCAGCAGCAGCAGAAUGCAGCGCUGCAGUACAUGCACCAGCGCAUGCCCGGCCCCCCGGCCCCCUCCCCCGCCAUCAGUGCCCCCCAACACUACCAGAGCAUGCAGGUGCCAGUGGAGGUGCUCAAGGUGCAGACUCAUCUGGAGAAUCCCACAGACUACCACAUCCGCCAGUCCCAAAGACAGCAGGUGAAGGAGUACCUCUCCACCACUUUCGCCACCAAACAGACGGUUCAUGCAGUAACAGGGGUGGUGCAGCCCUCCCCUCCCCCCUCUCUGGCCCCACCGGGGGGCUCGGCCUCCGCCCCCCCUCCCCUCCACUCCCCCCGGAUGCGCACCGAGCAGCUCAUCACAGGGAACAGCGCCCCAAACAGCCCCAUGGCCCUGCUCAACAUUGGCUCCAGCCAUGAAAAUGAGCAGAUGGACGAGGUCAUUGAUGACAUCAUCAGCAUGCAGUCCAGUUAUGAUGACAUACAAGCAUAUAUCGACCCUGUUCAGAUGCCCAACACACUCCCUCUCUCCAGCAGUCAUCUAGAUGUGUAUUCAGGACCAGGCAUGACAGGUCCAGCCAUCGCCAUGACCAGCAACUCCUGCCCUCCCAGUCUGGCCAUCAAACGAGAGAUGUCAGAAGCCCGUGCGAUGGCCAAGGAGAGACAAAAGAAAGACAACCACAACCUGAUUGAGAGACGGAGAAGGUUCAACAUCAACGACCGCAUCAAGGAGCUGGGGACCAUGAUCCCCAAAACCAACGACCUGGACGUGCGCUGGAACAAGGGCACCAUCCUGAGGGCGUCUGUGGAGUACAUCAAGCGCAUGCAGAAGGACGCACAGAGGACCAGAGAGGUGGAGAACAACUUUAAACGCAUGGAGAUGGCCAACAAACAGCUGUGGCUGCGCAUCCAGGAGUUGGAGAUGCAGGCUCGUCUGCAUGGCCUCCCCAGCUCCUCACCCUCUGGGCUGAACUCGGCCGACGUGCUGGGGCCCUAUGUCAAGCAGGAGACCAGCCCUGAGGAGAAGCACCAGCACCCUAACCACCAGGCCCAAGUCCAGCACCAGCACCAGGCCCAGCACCAGGGCCAGCAGCACCAGGCCCAGCAUCACCUCCACCCCCAGGCCCACCUUCACCAGCAGGGUCAACCUCACGGCCAGGGCCAGCCUCAGCCCAGGCAGCUGCCACCACUCCCCCCUCACCUCCAGCCCCAGCCCCCCCUCCAGUACCCAGCUGUGGGCAGCUCUCAGCCCUUUGACUUUGCCCAGUCGCUGGACUUGUGUGAUGGGAUUCCUGGCUACCCAGAUGGUCUGUCGGGGCUAGGGGACCUGGGCGGGUUGGAUGCCCAGGGAAGGAGAGGUGACUUGGGCUUCCUGAUGGAUGAGCCCCUGUCUCCUUUGGGUGGAGACCCGCUGCUCUCUGCCAUGUCCCCUGAAGCCUCUGUCGACUCAAGCCGCAGGUCCAGCUUCAGCAUAGAGGAUACAGAUAUAUUGUAGAAGAAUACACACACACUCAUGUGCGUACACACACACACACACACUCACACUCACACAUUGAAACCGCUCACACAUGGGGAUGCAGACAUUUGUACUGUAGAAGAAACACACAAACACUUUUUAGACACAUGCGCACACACACACACACAAACACGCACGCAGACCGACGAAACACACACCUGUGACAUUCAUGAAGGGCCACUGAUAUACUGUGAUAGGCUUUUAUGCUCUAGUCAACUACCUACCCACUCAUACACUGAAAGCACUCGGAAAGGCAGAAUUGUGGAAUUAGCCGUUCACCAAGCACAUACAUGAAUGCUGACUCUUGACACAGACACACACACACAUACAGUUGACACAAAUAAUGGGCCCAGAUUCACCAAUACCAACACAAAGACUCUGCAAGAGGCAUCUAAUCUUUGUCUGAGAAUGGAGUAUUGGUAGCCCUCCAAUGUAAAUAUCCUAAUAGAACUAGAAUGAUUUAUACACAAUCUAUGCACACACGCGCCCACACACACUCCCACAGACAGACUUCCUUCUCACUCUAACAUGGAAGUGCUCCUGUUAUUUGAAGGGAAAUGAUACUAUGUGAGGCACUGCCACCCUCCUUCCCCUCCACUAGGUUGUCCAGAAGGAGGCUUCUGACACCCCACCUUUCAACUCUGACCUUCAGGGUACUGACACUCAACAACAUGGAGGACAAAGCUGUGUUCGAACCAUGUGAUUAGCAUGUCGAGGUACUUCAGAGAAGCAAGGGUCGACCCAGAACCCUCCCUCUGGCGUCCACGGCUGGAGCUCCAGAAGGAGGAGAAGGGCAGGCCCAGAGCACAUGCUCAGGUAAUACUGUAGUGCCAUAGUCUUCACUGUAAAGCACAGCACUCACACAGCACGCACGCACAUACACACGUACACACAAAUACACACACAGCAGUGUGCCUUGAGGCUGUGUUCAAAUCAACACUUUAAGCGAGGCGUCGGGGCAUCGCCCACUCUGGGUUCGACUUCCUGGACAGACCAGGUGACCACCCAAUCAGGUGGAGAGGGAACACAUGCCCUCGCUGAAGUCCACUCCCACCAGACACCACUAACUUCCUUAGCCAAGCUUACGACUGGUUCAUCACAAGUCCCAUACCCAGGAAGGUCAAGAGGUCAGGAGGUAGUCAGGGUAGUGCUGGACAUGGUGGUGUGGACUGUUAGAGUCAGGUGUUGGAGCCUGUGUUAGUGUCCAACCAAGACCAAACCCAGAGUUGGUUAGAGGACUGAGACUCCCCUUUGAUUUGAUAUAGCUUAUGAUCAGUACAGAAAAAAGGAAAGAAAAACUGAUGAUUAUGUUUUAAAGAAGUUAUUUGUUUUUAUUCUUUAUUGUAGUUUUUUUUUUUUUAUCUCCCAAAGCACUGGAACCUAUAUUAUUUUGAUGACUUUGUACAUGAAAAGAAUUUAUGAAAUAAGUUUUAUUUCUUAUGUUUUAUGCCACUAAGCCACUUCAUUGUAUUUUAUUUGUACUUGUACUUUUUAUUCAUUAUUAUUUCAUUUUAUUCCAAAAAUUAGUUUUCCUCUCAGAGCCAUUUAGAUAUGAAAGUAUUUAAGCCACUGGCUGAACAGAAUGUGACUAGUGGGGAGCCAUAAUAUUACAUAGCUUAUUUACUCUUUUUUGUGUAAAGAAUCGUUUAGAUUACACCAGACUUUUAAGAAAUGAAAAAAAAAAAAAAACAUGUACAUGUAUGAUGUCAUUUUUAUAUUGAUUGGCUUGUAUUUUAUUCUCUUUUUUAACCUUACAAUUUGGAGCCAAACUAAGUUAACUGGUGAUUCUUUGAUUUGAUUGAGUUUUGUGCUUUUUUGUGGAUACCCAUGACCCCAUAGCCGUGCCAACUCCACCACAGCAUUCUUGUCUCUCAUGGGGCCCACCCCCCUCUGCCCCCACUGGGGUAACUAUGGAGACAGACAGCUGCCUUUUGAUGAACUCUGAGAUAAUGGCGCCUGUUGCCAUAGCAUCAGACUGACCUUCCUGUCUCUCUGCCCCUGCCUGCCAGAGUUGUGCCUUCUCCCAGCUCCAAUCAACUCUGUUGUUGUUGUUCUUGUUGUUGUUCUUGUUGUUGUUGAUGUCAAGCCGACACUCCAAAGACUUUGUCUGCAGACCUGGGAGGUGUAGUCCCCUCUGUGACCCCCCUCCCUCUCCAUCUCUCUUCCUCUCUCCCUCUCCCUCUCCCUCUCCCUCUCCCUCUCCCUCUCCCUCUCCCUCUCCACCUCUCUCCCUCUCUCCCUUUCUCUCUCCCCCUCUCUCUCCCCCCCUCUCUCCCUCCCCCUCUCCCCCUUCCCUCUGACCCCAACAUGCCACUGCAGGGGGACUGGGACACUCACACCACCAUGCAUGGGAAACUGGCCUUCUGCUUUUGCUUUGGAUAUAAAAUGUUUUACCAAAAUCCA